AUGGUUAGGAGAGACUUGAGACCUGAUUCUUGGUUCUUCAGCUUUCUGGUUGGCAGUCUGUCCAGGAGCCUCUUUGCCUUUGCAGCCCUUGCCAAGAAUCAGACUUCUAAAGGUGUUGCUCCUGUCACGAUUGAGACCUCAAGAUAUGUGUACGACUAUGUGGCCACUGCUUUGGACUGGUGGCACGCAGACAGAUACUGCGAGCAUCGCUUUGCUCAGGUGCUUUUUGAACCCCAGGACAGUGAGCAGAUUUCCUUCAGCAAACUGCUGCAGUCCCACCGCGUCGGGGGCUCCAUCUGGCUAAACAAGAGGGACGGUGUCCUGCACCAACCAAAAUGGAGACGGGACCACAUUGUGCCUGUCCUGGUGUUCGGUGACAAAACAGACACAAAAUACGUGAAGGUGCUCUCUGAGUUCCCAGCGCUGCCUGCGGUCACAGCCUGCGCCCACCUCCAGUGGGACACCAGGUCGCAGGAGGUCGCUACCAUCUUCUCCUAUGCUGUGCCAGCUUUUAUUAAUGAGUUUCAGCUCCGCGGUGUUGUGGAUGAGGAAGGCUUUGUUCGCUUUGCUCUCAUAAUCCACGGGCACCAUUCCCCGUACCUGCCCAUGUUUCGUGCUGACAGACAGUGGCAUCACUUCUGCGUGACAUGGCAGCAGGAAAAUGGGACCUGGGCCAUCUACGCCGAUGGGAAAAGGAGGGCGUCUGCCAGUGGGUUGUGUGCGGCGGGGCCGUCUGCCCCCCAGGCCAUCUACGGCCAGGGGACAUUUAUUAUCGGGCAGGACCAAGACUCCCUGGGAGGCACCUUCAAGGAGAAAGAGUCCUUCAGUGGGAACAUCACCGACCUGCACAUCUGGCGGAAAGUCCUCGGCGCAGAGCAGGUUGAGAAAGUCCGGUCGUGCCGGGUGGUGGAGCAAGACCUUGUCUUUGGGUGGAGCCCAAAUGCUCUGGAGGUUGAAAGCAGCGUGCAGGAAGUGACCGCCCAGUUCCUUUGCCCAGGGCCUGUUGACAUUUUCGAAGUUGGCAGCAGCAGAUUCAGCUACACAUCUUGUCUGCAGCCUUUGCCUUUCAUCUGUCGCUACAGAAAGGAUGCAUACUGGCAGCUGAAGAAAGCUGAGUUGGGAUCCCGUCAGACGCUUGCCGACCGCGUCAACACACUGGCGGAGAAGAUGCUGAUUCCCGAGAGCGUCUUCACAAGGGAUAUCCGCGACAUGAACCUCUCCGUUGCUGUUGCUGCUCUCAAUGUCUUGGCGACUGUCCUGAGGGAGGAAGAGGUGCUCAUGCUGGAGUCGUCCAACCUCCUUGUGGUGCUUCAACUGCUAAAGCAAGCUUCUAAUCUGGAAGUCCAGAAGGGAGAGGAGCUGGCGCUGUUGGAGCAGUUGAGCCAGUAUUUCAUGGAAGUGAUCGAGUUAAUCUUGGAAGAGCAGAAUAUUGAGACGUGGUCAUUGAUCAGCCAGGUCAUCAGAGGGCCCAUGGCUGUUGUGGAACUCUGCAACAGGAUGGUGUCACAGAUGGCCCCACUGCUGACCAUGGAGAGGACAAAGAUCACCAUCCAGCACGGGAAUGUGGGGCUGGAGGUCAAGGAGCUGGAGCUGGGCAGGCAGGAGGUGAGCAGUGAGGCUUACCUGGUCCAGAGCCCUGAGAAAGGCAGGGGUGACUUCAUCGAAGUUCCCGCAGAAGAAAUGCAAAGGCUGAAAGCCAGAGGUCUCCUCAGAGUCACGGUGAGGAACAUGUGGUUCGGCUACGGCUCCCUGCAGCGCUUCCUGUCUGGCCCUGGCAGCAACAUAGACUUCCAGGACCCGGCUGCCUCUGAUGGGGAACAGAAGUACCUGAGCACCGCCGUGGGCACUGCUGUGAUCUCGACUGCUCUGCUCAGCGACCAGCAGGAAAUCAGCACCUCCGUGCAGUACCGCCUGCAGCACCGCAUCCAGGACCUGUCCAAUGAGCUGGUGGGGCCCAUCUGUGCCUUCUGGAACUUCAGCCUCAGCCCAGAUGCUGGUGGGAUGUGGUCCACAGCCGGCUGCUCUGUCAUGACGUCUCUCCCAGACUCCACUGGCUGCUUCUGCAACCACACCACGAAUUUUGCUGUCCUACUGCAGGUGUAUGAGGUACAGAGGAGCACCAAGGAGGAGCUCACACUGCAGACCUUGACUUUUAUUGGAUGUGGAGUUUCCUUCUGUGCCCUGAUCAUCACCUUCAUUUUAUUCCUGGCAGUUGGUGUCCCCGAGAGCGAACGCACAACCGUGCACAAGAACCUGAUCUUUGCGUUGGCAGCAGCAGAAGCUCUGCUUGUGUUCAGCGAGUUGGCCAAGUCCAACAAGGUCGUGUGUUUCACCAUCACUGCCUUCCUGCAUCUCUUCUUCAUGGCAGCCUUCUCCUGGAUGCUGGUGGAGGGGCUUCUUCUGUGGAGCAAAGUGGUGGCCGUCAACAUAAGUGAAGACAGGAGGAUGAAGUUCUACUACAUGACAGGCUGGGGCCUUCCAGUUGUUAUCGUGGGUGUGACCCUCGCCACUUCCUUUAACAAGUAUGUGGCAGACAACCACUGCUGGCUGAACGCGCAGGCCAACGUCAUCUGGGCCUUCGUGGGGCCUGUCCUCUUCAUCCUGGCCGUGAACACCGUCGUGCUCUGCCGGGUGGUGGUGGUGACCGUGUCCAGCACUCGGGGGAGAGCAAAGAUGUUGACGCCCAGCAACAGCCAGGAGAACCAUAUCGUAGCCCAGAUAUGGGCCACAGCCAAGCCAGUCCUGGUGCUGCUGCCAGUGCUGGGGCUGACCUGGGUGUGCGGGGUCCUUGUCCACCUCAGCAUCAUUUGGGCCUACGUCUUCAUUGUCCUGAACUCGCUGCAGGGCCUGUACAUCUUCCUGGUCUAUGCCAUCUACAACAGCGAGGUGAGGGAUGCCAUCCAGAGGAUGAAGAACAAGAAGAAAGCCCUCUCGUCCACAAACUGCUCCCCUCCCACCAACUACUUAUCAAGUCCCAGAAACACCAUCUCCUGGGAGACGGGGAAACUGAGUCCUUCUGCAGCUGAGGGAGCCUUGUCGAGCCCUGGGCAGGACCCUCCCAUGAAGAACAUCAGCAGCAAAGGAAAUUUUGGAGCCAAAAUUCCUGUGGGGAUUUCAUCCAUUAUGUCACCCGAGAGACCGGCUGUGGAGCUGACAGCGUUCAAAUCCUCAGGUUUCUGA